AUGACUGAUAAGAGCAUCAAGAAGGGCGAUGAAGUCACCUGGAAUUGGGGCUCUGGUCAUCCUUCGGGGACCGUUGCCGAGAUCAAGAACCACGGCUCCCUCGAGAUCGUAUCGAAGGGUAAACGAGUACACAAGAACGCUGACCCUGACAACCCUGCAGUGCACGUAGAGCGUGAAGGCAACGACGUUGUUAAGCGUGCAAGCGAGCUCACCAAGGAGUCGUCUGCAGCUCCUGCCGAGAAGAAAGACAAGAAGACGGCCGCUAAAGAAGCGAAAGAAGCGAGAGAGACUAAAGAAGCGAAAGAAGCGAAAGAAGCGAAAGAAGCGAAAGAAGCGGCAGCCGAAAAGAAGGAAGCCGAGGCUGGCGAGAAGCGAGACCGCUCGGAGGCCGACGUUGAUGGUAAUGGCAAAUCACCGGCCGAAGAGCAACUGGAAGUCGAGAAAGAGACCGGCAAGGAAGCUAAGAAGCCCAAGCUCCACGACGAAAACGCCAAGGAAAAGAACGGCAACGGAGAUUCAAAGAAGUCCGAAGAAGCCGACUCAGGUGACGCCGAGAAGUCUCCUGCACCAAAGAAGCGUGGACCAGGUCGCCCCAAGAAAUCCGAAAUCGAAGCGAGGAAAAAAGAGGAGGCAGCAAAACUUGAAACCGGUGCAGGCGGUGCGGAGAAAAUAUCACAAAGGACUCGUUCAAAGGCCUAG